GCGACCACCGUUUUGCAUGCCCGAAGACUGGCGUUGGAGCAGAAUCAGGUCGUACGAGGGAAGUUAUUAGAAGGGUUCGUUGCGGAGCAAGAAGGGGUCGCAGGAGAAAGAACAGAAGAAACUAGCACUUUUUCAGAAACCAUCGAAAACGUCGACUCUGAUAAUCUCUUCGCCCAGCUCAGUGCGACUUCCACGGCUGGGUUAACCGACGAACGUGGUUGGAUGCGGGACGCCAUCGGGGAGGCGUACCACAACGCUUACGUGGACGGGUUUUCCUGCACUAGCCAACGCUAUCCUGUGUAAAAACGUCCCCACCCCGUAGCCAAGAUGGAAAAUCUGCUAGACAAAUCGACAAGCUUUGGUUGGCGCGCAUGACAAGUUUUGCCUCGUAGUGUGAUCCUGUUUAGGUAGUCCAGAAGCAUCACAGAUGUAGGACGUCGUGCUGAUUGGAGCAUCAAAAAUUCCGUGACACGACUAGAAAACUGCUUUUCAUGGGGCUCCGCAUGAGAAACAUUUUCAGCAUGCAGACUUGCAUGCACAAGUAUUGGAUGCGGACGCUUUUACUUGGGAUAAACGCCGGAUGAUGUUCGACGCCUGGUGCGGGGUCGCGUAUCAAAUAAAAAAUGUCUGGGUCUGGAAGGAUACAACUUGUGAUGCUACUUUUGCAAUCUACAUAAAAACUGUAUUGCAUGAACAGCAAAAGAGGUGUAACUUGUGCUACGCGGAGAGGGCAUUUCUCAUGCGGUAUGAGCAUCAGAAAGCCCUCGCAAAAUCUCUGAUGCUAGGGCAUGCAUCACAGACCUCAUGGGUCAUGCAAAAUCUCCAUGACAGACUCCUGCAUUCCUCCAGACCCAGACAUUUUUGCAAUCCAUAUCGCGGACGGCGAGACGAAAGCGGCCUGGGUCUCGUCGGCCAGCAAUACUGCGCUCCACGACUCGCAAAUUCUGCCACCGAUCGUGGUCGGGAAGAAUUCUGGUUUGCGUAUCCCGUGUAAAAACAUCCCCACCCCAGAGUUGUCAUGCAGAUCUGCAAGCACGAGAGCAUUUUUAAUGCGCAUCCCCAUAAGAGGCAUUUGAUUUCCCAUUGUAUUUUGGAACUUGUAAUGCUGUAAACAGGAUAAGGAGAUGGAUUUGUUAUCCGGCUCCCCUUGCUAAGCCGCAUUACACUACAGCCUGCAACUGGCAAGGAUAAACAUCUGUCUGUGCUUCCAAUGCGCUGAUGGACUGUGCUCUGCCAAAUAGUGAAGUAAUUUGGACUGCUCCAGUUCUGGUCCCGUUGCUGUAUAUUGUGCUCGGGUGCUGGGUUGAAAGGUCCAACAAAUAUGUUGGCGUGUGUGUGUGUGUGUUGUUUAUUGUUUGGAGUGCCAGGUCCGUUGGGCCCGGGGUGGCGGCGUCUUUGGGUUGAUCAACUCACCCGAAACACAAUGCCAUUCCCGCAGCAGCACAGUCUGUUUAUGUCAUGCGUGGCUCCCAAAACCUCGAGGUUUGUGUUGCAAAAUCCCCAUCUUGACUCUGGGGCGGGGACGUUUUUACUCAGGAUAUUGCGGUCCGACCUGAACAAAAAGUAUUUGGUGGAGGAGCCGAAGGACCACCUGACGUGGGAUUUGGAAGCCGGAAAAUUUCUGUUCAAACGGGAACUGGAAGAGGCUUGGGGGAGGUUGCGGGACGAGGAGGGAAAGAAGAACCGAAAGAACGACCCUUCUCUCACGAAAAGAAAGAAAUACGUGGUGUUCGGUUGCCACGCGGGGGCCUACGCCUGUGGCGGCCACGGGGACCGGUGGAACGGCAUUUUCGUCAGCUUUUUGCUCGCCAUUGUCCUGGGCCGCGAGUUUCUCAUCGACAUGCCGGACCUAUGAGAGUGCACAACUCCCCCUCCCCCUCAUUUGUCAUGCAAAAUUGCAAUUCCACGUCCAUCCUUUGCCUGUUAGCACUGUUUGCAUGACAGAUUCCUGAAUCCAAAACAGCACUUUAACCCUCUAGGAAUCUGUCAUGCAAAAGCUGCAUCUUUGCCAGCGCUUGUGUUGCUGUUAAUGCAACAGCAACACAAAUGAGGGCGCGGGCGGGGAGGGGGAGGGGGAGUUGUGCACUGUCAUAGGACCCGAUCGCGCUCUCGAAUUUCCUGGUGCCCGCGCGCGACCCCUUCACCGGGGAGAAGAACGUCGAUUGGGUGGUUACCGACGAGAAGCGGGAGAGAUUGCGGUUGUUGCGGAAAAAGGCCUACCUGCUCUGGGAUUACGACGAGUUCAAACAGAAAUAUUUCCGAGAAUUUCUCGAAUCCGACGAGGAAGUGCUGUUGAUUUACACGAACAAGAAGUCCUUCUUCGGGCAAGUGUACCUAUCCAGGAAAAAACACGCAUACCUAUCCAAUAAUUUGAUGUCAUGCAAUACCAUGCGCUAGCAAAGCCUUUCAUUUGUGUUUUUGUCAUCCAAGAAACAAAUAUUGGGGAUUGGUGUUUUAUUUUCCUGGAUAGUGCCGCUACUUAUUCUACGAGAAGCGCGUGAUCACAACAGAGUGGGUGCGGAUGCCGUAUUUGAUGCACUACAUGUUUGAGUAUUUGUUCCAACCUUCCCUGCACAUGCUCAAGCGGAUGCUGUUUCUGCGGAAUCCCUACGUGCCUUUCGAUACCGACGAGCUGAAUCAGGAGGCGGUGCAGCUAGCCGCGCAGCAACACUACUUGCAAUUGGCGGAGCGGUGGGAGGGGGAAGAACAAGAAGGAAUUGAACAAGAGAUGAAACAGCAUGUUGACGUCGCAGAGAAACAGCAGCCGAUGAAAGAAGUAGACGACCUAGAUGCACCUCAGGAAGUAAGAGAUCAAAACGACCUGACCUCCAACAGUCUCGACGUGUUCCGGGAGUACUUUAUCGGGAUUCACUACCGUGCCGGCGAUCUGGUGGCGGGGUUCGGCCAGGUCAACGAGGACCUGGAUAUCCGCCAUGGCACCGAUAUGCUCGUCCGGAUGCUGGGCUGCGCGGCAGAGGUGGAACGAGUGCUAGAGUUGGAGAUGAAAAACGAGAAGAACAGCCUAGCAAGCCAUUCGAAGCUGUUGAAUCUUCUGGAGGACCACGGGUCAGCUGCUAGUAGUAGUACCACCAAAAACAGCACAGCGUCCAUACCAGUACGGCCGCGCGUGACGGUGAAGUGGUACUUGGCAACGGACAACGCGGCGGUGCUCUCGGAAGUACCGCAGAUCCGCUCGUGGAUCCAGCAGGGAAAGAUCGUCCACAAUGGAAAUCUGAAAUCGCGAACGCACCUGUCCCAGUUCAAUAACAACAAAACUACUACAAGUGCUGGGACAACUACUACCGAAGGUGCAGCAGAUUUGGGAGAAGGAGGAAAUAAUCAUUUGCAAGAACAAGACCAGCGCAUCCGAGGCGAUCCAUCUCGCACGAAGCUCGACGAAAUCCGGGGCGUCUCCGACGGGUGGCUGGACUUCCAGGUGCUCAGUAAGGCUGUCGCGGUGAUCGCCUCCAGCUCAGCGUUCGGCCUGGUAGCGAGCCAGGUGGGGGCGGUGCCCUACGUUUUCUCCGCGGACUCUUGCAUUCGGAUCGAUCUGCAGUGAAAGAGAAAUUUUCCAGUACUUUAUUGCGGUCCCGCCUUUCUGGUAGAGCUGGCGCUCGCAUUCAGUAUAUUAUCCGUAAGUACUUAUUGCUACAUGCCCCAUGCACUUUUACCAGUACCAUUGAUGGAACACCUACAGAACCACGACGCUGCCUGUCUAAGAAGUUGUACACAGAUCCUCCUUGAUGCGAGAAUUCGCAUCCGAGAAGCCGAUCGUCGCUUGCGGACAUAUAUAAUCUACUUCUUCCACCCAGUCAACAAGUUUUUGUUCUUAAAAAAAAGGAAAAC